AUGACCCAUGGAUACAAGGGCGUGCGACUUACACCGUUAAUGGUCCCCGAUUUCCACGAUUGUGAUGAACGACUUAUCCACCAACCCAUAUUACAGGCAGCUACCUGUCCUGGUCUAUUGAAGGAUGAAUUGUAUGCUUGCGUAGUUGAUACCAUAGCAAUGGGUUACGUGCAUUUGCAAGACAGGCAGGCAAGGUCCAAAGGAUACUACAUGGUAGUGAAGAAGAGAACAAGUGCAUAA